UUCUUCGACUGGCAAUGUUGGGUCCAUGAAAGCAMUAAUUAUGUGAAGUUAAAGACACUAUUCCCUUCUURAUAYCCCAAAAUGAAUCCUUAUCAAUACCAACAACAACAGCAGAUCCAAUAUCAGCAGCAAUAUGGCACACAACAGGUUCAGUUUGUGCCUUAUCCGUACACAGUUCAACAACAACCAGCUGCGAUGAUAAACCAAUAUGGCGGAACUUUCCCUGCCUAUACAGCUCAGCCAAAUGCAACGAUAGGCCUUCCUAAUGCUAGUGUAGCCCAAACUCAGUUGAAYCAAUCUACGAGUACUGCUUCCACGCCACUUACAACGCCAGGGUUUCAGUAUGUAGUUCAACCGGCUGUCCAGGCAGCAGUUCAAACAGCGACUACCAGUCCAGCCGUGGCUAGUUCUGCUGUAUUGGCUCCGUUUGUGGAUAUUAAUCAGAAGUAYACCGAAGAAUAUCAAAAAUGGCAGAAGCAGUACAAUGAAUGGCAGGCUCAGCAUGCAAACCAUCCUGAUCAAAAAUUAUUCCAAGAAUAUCAACAGCAAGUUCAACAAUAUCAACAACAACAGCAGCAACUUUUAACUGCUCAGGCUGUUCAAGUGGCUGUCGCACCUCCAYCGCAGCCCUUGGCAAGUGCUCAAGUUGCUGCUGCCGUCAAUCUUAAAAUCAACACCCCAGCGCAGCAAACUGUGCCACCWACUUCACAAACUACACAACAAACAUUUUCAUUACAAGCCGCUAGCAAUGUUCCUCAAGUUAAGCAAGAGCCUCCUUCACAAAGUCAACCUCCCCAGACCUUUAAUGCAUAUAGUAAUUACCAAAAUGUGAAUACUUCUUUUGGAGCAUCAAAUCAAGUAAAACAAGAACCAAAACAACAAAAUUUCACUAACUUCGUCAAAGCUCAAGAUCAAAAUAAACCUUUUAGUUUACAAAACCAAGCCAAGCAAGGACAACAAAGCCAACCACARCAAUCGUACAGCAAUGUGUUUAGUUAUAUAGGCAGUAACAAGUUUGGUUCACAAGGAACAGGGCAAUAUGAACAAUCACAGCAAAGCCAGCCUCAAACAUAUCGUGAUUUGCACAACAACAGUCAAAUGCAGGGAAGUCAGUUUGGUGGACCAAAUCAGGGUACUGGGCAGGCUCAAAAAACACAAAAUCAACCAACUUAUCGCGAUAUGUAUCUUCAAAACCAAGCAAGCAAUAACCAGUUAGGUGGAUCCAAUCAAGGUGCUGCACAAAAUCAGCAAUCAUAUCAAAAUCAACCACAGAAGWCUUUUGAUUAUUCUUACAAUAAAAAYCAACAGCAAAAUAACCAAUAUGGUAAUAAAGGUAACCAAUGGAAUCAAAAUAACACGCAGUUUAAUAAGARCAUUAAUCAGUCCAACACAGGGCAACAGCCUAAUCAAGGUAAACAAUUCAAUCAAGGGCAACCGUUUAAUCGAGGACAACAAUUUAAYCGUGGCCAACAGUUUAAUCAAGGACCAAGAUUUAACCAAGGCCAACAGUCUAGCCAAAGUCAACAGUWUCAUGGUCAACAACAGUUUAAACAUGGUCAACAGCACAACCAAGGUCAACAGUUCAAUCAGGGCCCACAGUUCAAUCAAGGACCAAAAUCCCUCUUAGGACAACARCCAAACCAAAAUCCURGACAACAAUUCAACCAAGGACAGAAACCAAAUCAAGGGCAACAAUUCAACCAAGGACAACAGCAUAAUCAAGGGCAACAGCMCAAACCACAACAGCAGUUUAAUCAAGGAUAUAAACCAAACCAAGGACAAAAUUUUCCAACAAAACCAGGACCAGGAAGUCAAGGAUUUCAGUCUGGAAAUUCUCAGUCCAAACCACAGCCAAACUGGCUAAAAGGAAAAGGCAAUGAACAAAAUAGCAAUUUACAAACUAACAUUAACACUAGUCCAGCUAAAAUAAUACCAAAAUGGUUGCAGUCACAGGAAAACCAACCUAAGCAACAGAAUGAAACUACAACACCAAAACCUGUACCAAAAUGGCUGCAAUCUAACGAUAACCAGACAAAACCAUCAGAAACUACACCUGCAUGUACAAGUAGUUCAAAACCUAAGUGGCUGGAAAGUGAUGCAAAUAAACCUGCAACAACCCUUGCUAGUUCUAAUCAAGAGGCCAAACCUAUACCAAAGUGGCUUCAAGAAACUAGAGCAACAGUACAAGAACAGCCAAAGGUACAAAGUCAAAMAACUGUACCUGAGGUAAAAAAAGAAGUGCAAGAGGCAAAGCCAAUUCCAAAAUGGCURCAAGAUAGUAAAACUACUGUAACCACAUCACCAACACAGCAAUCUACUGUUACUACAACUCAAUCAUCAAGCCCAACAACUUCARCUACAACAACAUCAGUUUUGAAUAMUACAUCAACAYCACAAAAACUUGACCACAAACAGCAGCUGGAAAUUUUGCAGAAGCAAUCRAUGCAGCUCUUACAACUUGCAGAAAUGGAACGAAAGAAGAAAGAGGGAAAAACAGUAGAUUCGAAUGACAAACCUGCUCAGCCACCACAGGCACCCCAACCAUCAGAGAACAAACCAAGCACAGCCCCUCCUGYUCAAGAAACAGCUCAGGGAGACUCUCCCCAAGAAAACACCACCCAGAAAGUGCCUGAAGCAACAAAACCUAAAGUAGAGGAGGUCAAAACUGAUAAAAGGCCUCCAGCCUUAGCAUCUCUUCUGAAAACUGUUCCAUGCAAGUUUUUYCCCAACUGUCGAAAUGGUGCUGAUUGCAAAUUUAAGCAUCCUCCAUGUACAGCAGGAGACAGUUGUACAGCUGUUGAUUGCAUCUACGAUCACUCUGAAGUUGCUGGAACUGAUGUAAACACAGAUCAUGCUAAUAAAGAUAGCCACAGCAAUGAAAGAUGGUAUCCAGAAACRGGUGAUGACCACAGRCAGUGGGGUGAAGAUCAAGACUGGCAUGACAGAAGAGAUGACUGGGAACAAAGAAGACCUCCAUCCCCUAGAGGAAGAGGUUGGGAUGAAAGAGAAAGAAUGAGAGAUGACUAUGAAUGGGAUAGGUACCGUGACUGGGAAAGAGAUCGUUGGGAAAGACCAGAAGACUACAGAGAAGAUAGGUGGGGACCCCCAGGCAGAGAACCCCCACCAAGGGAUGAUGAUAGAUAUGAGUAUGAACGAUUGAGAAGGCCACCUGAAGAUGAAUGGGGUUAUCCUGAGUAUAGAGACAGAAGACCUCCAUCUCCCAGAAGACCUCCAUCUCCUAGUUAUAGGAGAGAUAUGGACUACGAUAGAAGACCAUAUUAUGAGCAUGAUGAUGAAUAUAAUAGAUAUGAUAGAGCGCCACCUCCUGAUGACAGAAGAGGUGACUGGUACGGYAGAGAGUAUGACAGACCUCCAAGGGAUCCUGAAUGGAGAGAUCGGCGAGGUUCCCCUGAAAGAUACCCGGAAUCAGAUUAUCGACGUCCAGAGAGGUGGACCCCACCAAGAGAACACCCUCGGGAUUAUGAAAGAGAUAGAUAUUGGGACGGCGGGCCUGAAGGAGAUAGAUGGGAAAGAAGAGACAGAGAAGGUGAUUAUAGAGGCUGGGAAAGAGAACCAAGGUCAGAUCAUUGUCAGGAUUAUCCCAGGGAAAUGCUUCCACCAGUGGAMACAAAGAAGGCUGUUGUUGUGCCUGUUGAGAGCAUACUAGACAAGCCUGGAAGAGAAACAAGACCUGAUAGAAUUGUGAUUAUAUUACGAGGUCUCCCUGGAAGUGGAAAGACCCAUGUUGCUCGUCUUAUUAAGGACAAAGAAGUUUCUAAUGGUGCUCAYGCUCCUCGUAUUAUUGGUCUUGAUGAUUAUUUUCUUACUGAAGUUGAAAAACAAGAGAAAGACCCAGAAACAGGCAAAACAAUCAAGAGAAAGGUGAUGGAGUAUGUAUAUGAAGARGAGAUGGAAGAGACUUACAUGGCCAGCAUGUUCAAAGUCUUUACUAAAACCCUUGAGGAUGGCUUCUUUCCAGUGGUCAUGGUAGAUGCCAUUAACAACAAGGUUACACAUUUUGAGAAGUACUGGAGUCUUGCAAAGCAGAAGGGAUUUGAGGUUUACAUUGCUGAGUUAUCAGCUGAUGCUCAUAUUUGUGCAAAGAGAAAUAGUCACCAGCGAUCCUUUGCRGAUAUCAGCCAGAUGUUGCAAGAAUGGGAAGAGAGCCCGGCACACAUGAUGAGAUUAGAUGUGCGUGCGCUUUUGCAAGAUGCCGUUAUUACAGAGGUUGAAAUGGAAACCGCAGAGGAGACACCAGCACCACARCUAACUGAAGAAAAGAAACCAGAAGCCGAGGGCAAUAAUGAGGAGGAUGACGACGUAACUGAGUCCGGGCUACAGAUUCAUUUGCCACAAAAAAGCAAGUGGGACGACAUGGAUUCUUCAGCGGCAGAAGCACAACUCAAUAAACUGGAUGGUAUUCGUCCCAUGAAGAGAAGAAGACAAUCGUCGCCAGUUCCUUCGCUCAGUGACGAUGAUGACGAUGAUCCUUAUGAUGAGAAAGAGGAAGACAUGAGGAUCGGCAAAAAACGGGUUCGUUGGGCUGACCUUGAGGAGAAAAAACACAUGGAACACAGAAGAAGAAUAGGGUUCUGUAUUGGAACAGACUGGAGCAUCCUUACUGAUCCCCAUGCUAAGAUACCUGAACAUUAAUCACACUGUUUGUUUUCUUUUUCUUUUGUAAUAUACAAGGCCCUAAAGAGUCUAACCCAUCAAGCCACAGUGUUCCGUCACAAAUAACGACGUUGAUGUUGAUAUACGAGUUUGGCUAAUCGUUUUAAAAGGUUUUAGCUUUAGGUAAUACAUCAUAUCCCUAAUAAGGGUGAUAUGUACAAAUAAAACUAAGCGUGGGAGGGGAGGGACAUUUACUCAAUUGCCUAACCUCUUGUGAUAGUCGUAGUUGUAAUCACUUACAACGCUUUCGCUCAUGUGUAAUAAAAUAAGAAAAUGACUUCCAUGUGACUAUUAGAAGGUAAAUUUCGAAAUCGAAAUCUUCGAAUUUGUACAAAAAGAAAGCAAAAAAGAAAUUGACGAAAAAUUCAGUCGGACAACUAUUAUGGCGCGAGAAACGUCUAAUUUUAGAGAUAGAAAAACUGACGCCAAAAAGAAAUUUGAUUAUCUAUCUUCCUUUAACCACAAAAUGAAAAUUAAAUGAUCCAAAUGCUGCUUUACGGCCAUUUCAUAAAAUAGCCGCAUGGGAUUGUGUCUUUAAGCGGAAUAAAAACGGUAUCGACCGGCCGGUCAGAUUCGGCUAAMAAAUAGUCGACGAGCAUCUUGGUCAUAUUAAACAUGAWUUCRCCCCUUUCCCUCAUAGAAUUCUUCGCURUCGUCGGUCAGUGUCGGAGUAAAUGAAAACUGUAUUUUGGCUCGCUUUGUAUUCUCUUUAAUGAAAAAAAUUGAURCGUAGUUAGACUUGGUAUUGACAAAACAAAAAUAUAACAUACGUUGAUGCCAAUUAUACUACAAGCAAUUGUCGACGAACUGAAUAGGUAAAGGUCGAACAGCUAACAGUCGUUUGUUAAGAAAUGUCAAAUCCACAAAAAAUAAUCCGGUUCUUCGUCGGGUGAGUCAAUCACUGAAACUAAUCGAAAACAAAGAGAGGGGUAUCGAAUAGUCGCACGGAAUUUCACAUUGCUUGGAAAUUCUAUUUGUGACUUGCGC